UUCCGGGGGCGGUGCGCGGGAAGGGAACCCCGGGCACCCGCGGCGGCGGGUGAGACCCGGAGCAGAGCUGCGGGCAGGCGGGCUAGGGCCCGCCGCGGGCCAGACGCCGGUCUCAGCUCCGUGGGAGGCCAGGCUCGGCCUCGGCGCCGGCGGCAGCAUGAAGUGUCUGGUCACGGGCGGCAACGUGAAGGUGCUCGGCAAGGCGGUCCAUUCCCUGUCCCGCAUCGGGGAGGAGCUCUACCUGGAGCCCCUGGAAGACGGGCUCUCUCUCCGGACCGUGAACUCCUCUCGCUCUGCCUAUGCCUGCUUCCUCUUUGCCCCACUCUUCUUCCAGCAGUACCAGGCGGCCGCCCCUGGUCAGGAAGCCCUGCGCUGUAAGAUUUUGAUGAAGUCAUUCCUGGCCGCCUUCCGCUCACUGGCCACGGUGGAGAAGAGUGUGGAGAAAUGCUGCAUCUCACUGAAUGGCAGGAGCAGCCGCCUGGUGGUCCAGCUGCACUGUCGAUACGGGGUGAGGAAGACUCACAACCUGUCCUUCCAGGACUGCGAGUCCCUGCAGGCCAUCUUCGACCCAGCCUUGUGCUCGCAUGUGCUCCGUGCCCCAGCGCGGGUCCUGGGGGAGGCUGUUCUGCCCUUCCCCCCCGCGCUGGCAGAAGUGACGCUGGGCAUUGGCUGUGGCCGCAGGGUCAUCCUGCGCAGCUACCAGGAGGAGGAGGCAGACAGCUCCGUCAGAGCCAUGGUGACCGAGAUGAGCAUCGGGGAGGAGGAUUUCCAGCAGCUGCAGGCCCAGGAAGGGGCGGCCAUCACUUUCUGCCUCAAGGAAUUCCGGGGCCUCCUGAGCUUCGCGGAGUCCGCAAACUUGUCCCUUAGCGUUCACUUUGAUGCACCAGGCAGGCCAGCCAUCUUUGCCGUCAAGGACUCCCUGCUGGACGGACACUUUGUCCUGGCCACGAUGUCAGAGUCAGACCUGCACUCCCCAGCCCUGUGCUCCCCAGAGCCGCACAGGCUGGUGCCUCCCCUCCAGGCUCACAGCACGCCCCACCUGGAUGACUUUGCCAAUGACGACAUCGACUCUUACAUGAUCGCCAUGGAAACGACUGUGGACAGUGAGGGCUCUCGGGCAGGACCCUCCAUUCCCCUUUCCCCCGGCCUCCGGCCCCCCUGUAGCCCUGGCCCCUACUCUGAGGACAAUGAUGCCGAGCCCAGUACAGAGCCUGGGACUCCCCCACCCAAGAAGUUCCGCUCGCUGUUCUUUGGCUCCAUCCUCGCCCCUGCACACUCCCCUCCGGGCCCCAGCCCUGUGCUGGCUGAAGACAGUGAGGGUGAAGGCUGAGCUGAGGACAAGCCUGUGUCCAGAGGCUCUGGACUAGAUGAAGCUGCAGCUGC